UUGUAGAAAUGAUUCCCUACAGGUGUGCCUUACCACAAGUGCCACAAGUGCUGUUUUAUCUGAAAACUCCUUCACAGCAAAAAGGGAAGGGACUCCUACUGAAGAAAAGUCAGAAGAAUAUUUGACUUUUACAGAAACACAGGUUACCCCAAUACAUUUGUUACCAGCAACCAUGCCUAAGUUUGACUUGUUGAGCACCAGUGAAACAUGCACAGAAAAGGAUAGUUCAACAAAAGUUGCAGACUUACUAAAACCUCUCAGUAAUGAUUCAGUGACUGGAACCCCACUACACAUGUCCUCAUUUAAAUGCCUUUUGAAAUCCCAGAACACUUUGCCAGCAGAGGGAGAAUCAGACAGCCAAGAAAACACACUGCCCAACAAACUGCUAACACAACUGAACAGCAUACCCUCACGGUCUACACUGGAUCCAAACAUGAACCUGCAGGAUGGAGAGUGCAGUGUAGUGCUCUCCAGCACUGCAGAGGAGGAGCUGGUAUGGCAAGGGAACCUUAGCAUGAAAAUUGAAAAGCAGGAUGCCCUUUCCACAUCCAACAUCAGUCACAUGGCUGUCAGUGAUGAGUGUACCCAAAUAAUGGAAGUGCAUUUCCAUUCUGGAAUGCACACUGAGGAAAUUAAUAUGCAGUCAGGACAUCCAAUGGAAUCUGAAACACAGGAAGAUGCAUUAGGUUCACUACAGGUCUCAGAAUCUUUCAAGAAUUAUUCUACUGAAGGACAGUCUAAAAAUGAUAAUUCAGAUACUUCAAAGGAUAUGUCAUGCACAAGUAUCACCUUGUCCAAUCAAGAUUUGUCUUGCAUAGGAGGAGAGGGCAGAGCAAAACAAUACAGAUUGCAGCAGAUUGCAUAUAGCAAACUACCAGAACUGGAAAAGAGCGAGAGGAGUGGUCUAGCAGAAGAAAAGACUUCAAGUAAAAUUUCAUCAGCUCCAACAUUUAGCUUUGUACUUCAGGACAGUAACACUGGCCAUGAUGUUGUGAAGCCUACCUUUGUUGUUCAGGAGCACUCAUCAGAAUUAUCAAGCGUCACUAGCAGAAACCACAGUCAGACAGGCAAGGAAGUGGAUCAGAAGUCUGCUAUAAGGUGGACAGCAUUGCAUGAAGCCAGUUUAGCUGGCUCUUAUACUGUAGCACUGGAACUGCUGAAAGCUGGUGCUGAGGUGAACUGCAAAGGGAGAGGUGGAAUUACACCCUUGCAUCAUGCAGCCAAACAGGGACAUCAUUUGAUGGUGAAUUUGCUCCUUCAAAAUGGAGCUGACCCUUUACUGAAGAAUGAUGAAGGGAAAACUCCAUGGGAAGAAGCUUCUGACAACCAGUUAGCAGAACUGAUUAAAAGUUACCCACUGAAACCGGAAACAUCAGAUUCUCAAACAGGAUCACACCAGAUUAAUAUGAAAGGCUCAGUGGAGUGCAACAAACCAGAAAGGAUAACCAGGAGCAACGGAAAAAGAUACGCUCAAGAGGGGGGAAAGAAAAACACAGAAGAGACCUGCCAAGAGCCUGAGAAGCAUUCUACAGUCAUAACCGGGAAUAUCUCAAAAUCCUCAAAACCUAUCAGAAACAACAACAGAAGCUGCUGUCAGCUUAACAAGGAAGGACUACAAGAAAACGCUGAAAACAAAGAAAUGUCUCUCAAAUCCAAAUCUGGGAAGAAUUUAACGAUCACAGCUAUACACAGAAGAAAUGUCUAUGGAGAGACGCUGUUACAUAAAGCUGUUCAGGAUGGUGACAGGCAGAUGGUCAGUAGGAUGCUGAAAGUUGGUGCCAGUGCUAACAGAGCAGACUAUGCAGGAUGGAUUCCACUGCAUGAAGCAGUAAUACAAGAUUACUAUGAGAUAGCCUUGGAGCUUCUCAAAGCCGGUGCUAAUGUAAACUGUAAGGGGGGAGGUGGAGUAACACCUCUACAUGACGCAGUUAAAUACGGAUAUCAUCAGAUGGCGCAGCUUCUUCUGCAGCACGGAGCUGAUCCCACACAGCAGAAUGAUGAAGGGAAGCCUGCUUUGGAAGAAGCUACUGACAGUGAGCUGAAGAAAUUAAUGGAGAGUUAUUUACCUAGACUCAGAGGCAGACGUAAUUCCCAAUCAGCACAAAAGCCUUUACAAGUCUGUGGUAUGCAAGGAUGUGAUGAUGGGAAACGUGUAUUAAAGAGAAAGCAAAAGAUAUGUGGUGUUCUGAAGCAAGAAAGUCAAAGCAAGAAUGUUCAAAAUUACGUUACUACCUCUUCAAGGGCAGGAAGAAAAAUAGGAACGAGUAACCAAGUUAUAAAAAAAUACAAGAAAGAUACAGCACAUUCAGGGGAAACAUCCAGUAGUUUUGAGCCUUGUGGCAUUUCAACUUCAUUAACAUUGCAGCAGAAAGCAACAUCCAUAAUUAAUUCUCCUUAUCCAACUGAUUUCAGUUUUUCAUCUACUGCUGGUAGAUGGACAGAGGUCGCAAAAAGAAAUUCAGUUUCUAGUUCUACUUCCAAGGCCAGGGAGAGGAUUGAAGAAGAGGAUAUUGAACAUAAAGCAAAAAUAGGAGCGCAGGAAUACAUUGAUCAGUGCAGCGUUUCAUUGAAUGAUCAUCAGCCUGCUAAUAAUGAGCAGGUUGGAUUGAUUGAUCCGUGGUCUAAAGAGCAAUGCAACAGAGUUAGAGAUGAUAAGCAGUUUGGAUUAGCGUUCGUUAAACCUAAAAACUGCUGGAACACCAGCCUUCCACCAAUCUCAACCUGGAAAAACAGGUCAAAUUCACUAGUCACUUUACCAAGAAUGGAGACUGAAAAAAUGGGAGGAAAAGAAGAUAGGACCACAAGACAUUUACAAGGUCCAGCUCAAACAAUGCCAGAUGAAAAUAAUAAAAAUGAACUCUUAGAUCCAUAUUGUAGCUCCAGUGAUAGCACCAGUGACUGCAAAAGUGACAUCACUGUGGAUUUUACUAAAUGGAGCCUUGCAGAUUUCGAGGCAGAUGAAUGGGAAUUAAGGGCUACUCAAGACUUUGUGACACAGAACACCAGCAGUGAGGAUGAGGAUGAUGAGUGUGUUGCUGCUUUUUGUGGAGGGUCAUUUACGAGUGAAAAUCUCCUUAGUUUAAAUAGCUUUGUACCUUUGGAAACACAGUCAGUGAAGAGCAGUCUGUUCGGGACCACAGCUAUGGAUAAAGUGUUGGAUACCACAGACACCGAAAAAAACCCAGCAGAUAAUGAAGCUCCAAGUACAUCAUGUGCCCAAGCAGCUGUAGACACUGACAAACCUACAGCUUCAUUGCCUUGUCCCAGCAAAAGGAAUUGCAGUGGACAAACUCAGCUACAAGUGGCAGCCAUGAAAGGGGACCUCUCUCUAGUUAAAGAACAUCUGAGAGUCUGGAAAUGUUUUAAUAAAAGAAGAGUUAACCUUUCAGAUUAUGCAGGAUGGACAGCUCUACAUCAAGCAUGUUACCAUGGAUUUACGGAGGUGAUCAUGGAAUUGCUAGAAGCUGGAGCUGAUGUUAACAUCAGAGGUCGAGACAGAGAACUGCCCCUUCAUUUAGCUGUUUCUGGUUCUAAUUACGAGGCAGUCAAGCUUCUUCUCGAGUAUGGUUCUAACCCUUGUGUCAAGGAUGGAUUUGGGAAAAGUGCCUUAGACCUGGCCACUGAUGAUAGAAUCAAAGAAAUACUUCUCUUGUACUGGGAUUCUGAAGAAGAAACAAUAGCUGAAAGAGUGAAAAGCUCAAGGCGGAAAAAUGGUGCAACUGAUUUAGGACCCAUUCAGCCCAAAAGGAGAAAGAAAAGUUCAAGAGGAAAGGCAAAUGAGACUCCCUGCAAUUUCUACAUGGUAUGCAAGAUAACUGAACCUGCAGAUAGUCUGUGUGAAGCAAGAAACCAAUGUGAAGAAGGAAAAUCAGAGGCUGUGCAAACUGUACAGAAUAAUGACAGCCAUGAUUUACUACAACUUCCAGCAGGUAGCAAUGGAGUGAAGUGCAGGGAGAAGAUUGAAGCAGAGGAGGCUCAACAAGACCUGCAAAUGGAAGAUGGAGUCAGAAACGACUGUAGUAUUGUCUUAAAUCCAGCAGAUGAUAAUGUAUCCAUUGAGUCAAAGAACAAAUUAAGAAGAAAUGAUAAUCCCUGUGCUUUCUUUGGGGAAUGUGAGAUAAUCGAAGCUGAAAAUAAUUUGUGGGAGGAAGAAAGAAAGACAGUACAGACUAGUAAUUCCUCUGCAGACGAUGGUAAUAAAGUAAUUGCGUUUGGAAGAUCAACACUAAUCCAGCACAAAAAUUCAGGUCCUGACUCUGCUUUGAAGGGCAGAGAGGUAGCGGGUACUCAUAACGAAAUUCCAAUGCAAGUUGAUAAAAAGGAGUUAAUCAUUUCCUGUACUUCUGCAGUUAGUAGUGGAUCUAAUGUCCUUGAAGAAUUGACAGAAUGUACAAACCCAAGUUCAAAAGAUAUGACUAAAUGGGGAGCGGAAACAGUGCUUGAAAACAUUGAUGAGAGCAACAUUUCAUUGAAUGUGUCUCGCCAAAAUAGGACUGGAUUUAACAAAAUUCAAGCAUGUGUGUCAGUCUAUGAGGGAUCAACUGUGGCUGAAUCUGAAAAGUUCAGUGAUAGUAGCACACCGUCUUUGUUAAUGGAAGCUGAAGUGAAUCAAAGUGAAUGCAGCAUUCCAUUGCCUGCUACCCAAAUUAAUAGCAAUGCUUUACUGGGUAUUCCCGAGGCUUUUUCUGCCUCAGACUGCAGUGAAAGAGAUAGCUUCAGUGUUCUAGAGAGGGUAUCAGACUUAAAGGAGCUAAAUUGCGAUCCUCAGUCUACAUUUAGUUCGGAGAAGGUGGGAUCCAUCCAACAGUGUUCUCCAAAGCAAAGCAAUGGAACCAGCAGCAACAGAAGGGAGAUACAGGAGGAGGAUGCUCAACUUAAUGUAAGUGACUACAGCACUUCAUCCUCUUGUACACAAAUAAGCAGCAACGAAUAUAUUCAGCAUGGAAACAACAGACAGUCCCCAAUGAAUGAAGAAAGUGAAAGACCCACAACCAAAUCAACGUCCAUUCAAGGACAGAGUAUGGAAAGUCAUCACCCAGAUAAUAUUUUCCAAACCACUAUAAUUAAAGAGAGCAGUAAAACAGAUGUAUUGGGUUCAGUAGGGGAGGAGUCAAACUUAAUGAAGUUGAAUGGUAAUCCUCAGCCUACUCUUAAUUUGGAGAAGGCUGAGUCCAGUCAGCAGUGCUCUCCAGAGAUAAGCAACAUGUGCAGAAUUAAGGAUAAGGAACUAAGCGAGGAAGCCAGUGGCACUAGCAAACAGGAGCUAGCAAUGUUAAAAAUGUUACCAACGUGUACAAGCAUGGCCACAAAAGAGCAAGGAUCAGAAUUAGAAACUAAAAUCAUCUUGCAAAGUAAAAUGCAAACUGCCAAUGUGGUGCCAGAAAGCAGAAUGGAUUCAAUAGAAUGUGUAGAUCAGCUAUGUGUGAAAACUGGCAAUACCAGUGGUUGUGAAAGCAACAUCAGAGUAGAUUUGGUCAAUCAAAAACAAUGCAGUAGCGCUCAGUCAGAAAACUUGGGGGUCACAAAUGUUAACAAAAUGCACACUGAAGAGGUAUCAAGGGUUGAAACCAACACUGAUAUCAUUGGAGAUGUGUGUGUAAGUGAUGCUGGUAAAAGGCAAGACAAUGUUGUACUGGGUCUUAAAAGUGAUGGAAACAUGUUAACAUCAAACAGUAGUUGUGUAAGUAAUAAUAAACUGCAAGCCACACCUGUAGCUGUUGAGGCCAGCACAUCAGGGCCAGAAGAAGGUAAAGAAGAAAGAAACAGCACAACUGAUUCAGAUUGCACAGUGAUUUCAGAGUUUGACCCUGCUGAUGUUGAGAAUCCUGAUAUCUUGGAAGCUGUGGCAAAGAAAACAAGCCGUCUUCAACAGCAAGUAAAUCCUGCUUUUGGCAAUGCUGCAAAAAACAUAGGCAGUUCAUCUGUCAAUGAAGAAAAUGGUGAAAGAAAAAUUACAAAUAAGGAAACAGUUCCAGACCAAAGGGAAAAUCACUCAAAGCCAAAAGAACUAUCCAAAGCAGAUGACAAGGAAUCUGUUUCAGUAGAUGAAAUAUUGUAUGACAAACCAGAAGAUACAAGGGUUCCAUGUACUUCAGGAGCCAGCAAACAGUUCCCAGCUUCUUUACCUGUGCCCAUCAGCAGUGUUCACAAGAGAAAUUCAAUGGGAGAAACUCGACUGCACCUGGCUGCCAAGAAGGGGGACUUGUCUUUGACUAGAUCCUUAAUAGAGGCUGGAGUGAAGGUUAACCAAGCAGAUUAUGCAGGGUGGACAGCUCUGCAUGAAGCAAGUUUCAGGGGAUUUACGGCUGUGAUGAAGGAACUACUGAAAGCUGGAGCCGAUGUUAACAUAAGAGGGCUAGAGGGUGUCUUACCGAUACAUGAUGCAGUUUCCGCCUGUCACUAUGAGGCCGUGAAGCUGCUUCUCCAGUAUGGUGCUAAUCCGCAUGAUAAGGAUGGAGUUGGAAAAUGUGCCCUGGACCAGGCCAAAGAUGAUAAGAUCAAAGAACUGCUUCUGCCCUUCUCUGCUUCUUCGGCAAUAUAUGUUGAGAAGUCUCCAAUAGCAACUGUCUUAGAAACUGAAACAAGGGUGAGAAAGGCACCUGUGAAAUGUGUCUGUUGUAAAAGUGAUAAGAAGCCCCAUAGAACUCAAUUUGUGAAGGAUGGAGAUAGCCACUGUACAGAUGAAACCAUUACAACACUUUUAGAUGAUGUAGAAGACAAACAGAAGAAAAUGUCACAAUGGGAAUUUAAGGAACUGGAAGAUACAGGCAAGUACCGUGAACAAUUUUUGCAGAUGCAAGUUGUUCUAAAUGAAGUGCUUAUCAAGCAAAAAGCAGAAAAGGAUGAUCUUGCAAAAAAGUACAGGAUAUCAUCAGAUUCAUUCAAGCAAGGAAUUUUAAGACAGCGUCUGACAUCACUGGCCAACCGACAAAAAAGGCUUUUAAAGGUGCUGCAGAAACAGGAUGAACUAAAGCAGAACAUACAGACCCAAAGAAACACCCUUUUUAAUAUGCAGAGCAACAUAACCCAAACCAUACGCUUAACCCAAGCCAGUGAAAAUGCAACUGUAACAGAUAUUACUGCCGGCUGCCACCAAGAUCCUAUUGUAUUGAAAGGAAGAGUGGAGGGAGCAAGGAGUCUUGUAGAGGUUGCCUCUGAGGAGACUGCUUCUACAAGCACAGCCUCUAGUCCUCAUCAGGACAGGACGCACAUCCUGGAGGGCCAUUGCUUUUCAAUGCCAUCUAGCCCAGACUCUGGAUCACAGGCCUCAAGUGAGUUAGCAGAAACCUUAUCUUCAGCAAGCAGUGAAACAGCUACUCAUGGAAUAAAAUCAUACCAUGCAACUGAUUGUGACAUUGCUGGGUCUGAACCCAGCUGCAUAUCAAGACCACCGUUUUCUGCUGAUUUUAUCAGUAGACACUUACAAAUUGAGCACUCAUACCCCAAAUUCAAUUCUCAGACAAUUUUGUCUGAACAUAUCACAAGCUCAUCUGAUCAGAAAAAAAAUAAAAGUAUCAAUAACAACCAAUACAGACCAAAUAUACAAACAACCCUACAAAAUACAAAGGAAGACAACAGUAACAUUCAUGAUAUGCCUCUGUCCAGUUAUUCUCAGGAGAAAGCUCAAGCAGGCUUAAUUUGUCAAGGAGGUAGUCAACAAAGCAGACCACAGUCCAGCACAGCAGUUCCAGUUGUACUACAAACUGCUACUGAGAAUAAUAUUAGUCAGAAAAGCACUGCACAUAUACAAGUUAUUCAGUCUUUAGUCCAGGAUCAGGGUGCUAGCAAGAGUAACACCAGUCAACCAGAUACCCCGCUACAGCAAGGAGACACAGAGGAAGAAAAAAGGAAAAAACAACAGUUAAUUCAUCUUAUCAGACUCGGAGUCAUCAAGCCUGGGGAAGACGUUUUACAAGUUAACCUACAGGGCUCUUGUUAUAAAGCUGCACUUCUGAAUGAUGGAAGCAUUAAGGUUGGCAAUGGAAGUGUCUUUCACAGUCCUGUGCAAUGGAUUAAAACACUUUUUGGCAAUGACAUCCCUUUCAGCUCAACAUUUGCAUGGAGCAAGGUUACUUACAAAGGAAAGGAACUAUCAAAGUAUUUUAGUAUUGUAGAUCCAGUGAUUACAACAGAAAAGGCUCUUCCAUCCUUACAGCCAAAAACAAUGUCGGCACCUUUGCCUAAACCAGCUGUCUGUGCAGAAACAGCUUUUCAGACGAACACCAGCAAUUUCCUGAAACUUAAUGAGAUUCUCUUAAUAAGUAAUGAUGAGUUCCUCCCAUGCCACAUUAUGGAUCAACAUUGGAUUCUCUUUAUGGAAUGUGAGGACUUUGCUUUCUAACAGAGUUCAUUUCAUUUCCGCUUAAGUGGUUGAUUGUAAGAAUACAGUGGAGGGGGUUGUUUAUGUUUAGUUACAUUUUGCAUUGCCUGGAGACUGUACAUUGAACUCUAUUUUGUAUAAUUAUCAAAGAGCCAUGUAGGUUUUCGGGCAGUCAAGCUUGUUUGCAAGAAUUUCAGUUUUUAUCUGUGUAAAAAACAUAGCUAUUGCUAUUAAAAUAUAUUUAAACAUUUA